AUGGCACUAAAAAAAAAUGCAUACAAAAGCCUUAAUGUCAUUAAAACCUUAAAUCAUUAUGAAUGGGGUGCCGAAGGCACUAUACUAUUAAAUGUAUAUAGAUCGCUGGUAAGAUCCAAACUAGAUUAUGGUUCAAUUUGUUAUGGCAACUCAGACUCAAAAAUCUUAAAAAUAGUUGACACAAUCCACAACGCAGGACUGAGAUUGUCAAUUGGAGCUUUUAAAAGCAGCCCGAUAAUAAGUUUGCAUUCCCUGACUGGAGAACCUCCACUUCAUUUCCGUAGACUUAAAUUAUCUCUUAAUUAUAUAGCUCGUAUCUUAUCUACACCAAAUAAUUCAACCAUUCAUUUUUUAAAUAAAAAUCGUUUUUCCAAUAUAUACGAACAUAAUCCUAAAUUAAGAAAACCAUUAGGACUAAGAAUACAGCAAGAGAUGAUGGAAAUUAAUAUCGCAGCCAAUGAAAUAUGCCAACGUGAAAACUGCCAGAUACCUACUUGUAAACAACCAAAUUACCGAGUUGAUACAAGCCUUACAAUUCACUCGAAAAAAGAAACUUCAAAUAUUUUCUACAAUAAUUUAUUCAACGAACUUAUACAUAGUUCCAGUUCCAGUACUCAGAUCUACACCGAUGCUUCUAAAACAGAAAUGGGAAUAGGACUUGCAAUAGUCCACCUCAACGAAACUAAGCAGUUCAAACUCAACAUUUACAACACCAUUUAUACAGCAGAAUAUCUUGCUUUAUAUAAAGGAGUCCAAUUAGCUCUACAGAUUCAAGAUACCAAAAUAGAUAUAUGUUCCGACUCACUCAGUGCCUUAGCUAAUCUGCAAUUAAUAAUAGCUUCAGAGCCAUUGGCUAUACUCAUUAGCAAUCUUCUUUCAAAAUCAAGCAAAGAUAUUCAAUUCGUUUGGAUCCCUGGUCAUUGCAACAUAAAGGGAAAUGAAAAGGCAGAUGAAGCAGCUAGAAAUGCAAUUAUGAGUCCAAACAGUGAAUUAAUCCCCUUUUCCUCACUUGUUGACAUAAAGAGGAAUAUAAAUAAAUACUGCAUUGAAUGGUGGAACACAAAAUGGCACAACACCACGGAAAACAAACUUAGAGAAAUUAAACACUCUGUUGAACUCUGGCCAAAAUACACCGACCUAAAUAGGAAAAAUGAGGUAAUUCUUAAUCGCUUAAGAAUCGGCCAUACCAAAUUCACACACGGACAUCUCAUGGCUAAAACAGAUCCACCCAUAUGCCCAACAUGCAACACAAACUACUCUAUUAAACACAUCAUUGUCCACUGCCCAAACUUUAAUUCAGCCAGAAGAGACUUCAACAUCCCUGAUAACCUGUAG